CGUGCCGCCAAGCUCAUUUCCAGUCCGUGUGCACGCGGAAACCGUGAGCUUGGUCGUUAGCAAGUAUCGCGCGAAUAUUCGUCAUUUGUGCGAGCGAUGACCGGCCGAUCGCGAUAGAGGAGGCGCCGAUUUUCCACAAACGACAGGCCGAGCCGAUCGUGCGACCUGCGACACUCCGCAAAUCAUCGCCGCAAGUGCUUUUAUAUAGCGAGGUCGCCAUUUUGGUGAUACGGCGAGUCGAGAUCCGAAGCAAAGUGUAGCCCUAUGAUCUUUUUAUUUUCGUUUUGUGCACAACCCGACAUCGAAAUCGUCCUCAGCGUGUCAACGGCCCAAUAACGCCGGAGAUGACACAGCAAAACAAAACGAUGAACUUCCUAAUACACGACGCUAACGGACAACCACAAGUGAUAAAAGUAGUGCAAAGUACACCUAACAAAGCAUUAAGUGGUAUUGUUAGCACAACAAAUGCAGGUGGCCUUAAAGUGUUUAAAGCUCCUAAUCAAGAUUCCCAGGUAUUGUCAUCAAAUGCACACAUUCUUAGGACUAUCAGUUUGCAAAGUUCAUCUACACCUGGGCAGAGACUGGUAACAAUACCUUUACAAAAUACUAAAGUGGCAACAUCAAAAUCGGGGGAGCCUGUGAUGACCAAAACCAUACAGCUCACUUCAGCGCAAAUGAGCGAUAUAAAACAAGCUCUCGUCUCACAGCAGCAACAACAACAGCAAUCCAAUACUCAGCAACUUAUUAAAGAUGCCACAGGAAAAACAUUCAUCAGUCCGAUACUGGAUCAUAGCGGAUCUAGAAAGAGACAGGACAUCGAUGGUGGCGACUUUGUGCCUGAUAAACGAAGAAAAGCGGAGAAAGUCGGUAAGGGAUUGAGACACUUUUCAAUGAAGGUAUGUGAGAAAGUGAAAAAGAAAGGUACCACUUCGUACAACGAGGUAGCAGAUGAAUUAGUCGGCGAAUUCACUAAUCCUGCUCACAUCAAUUCUUUAACAGAUCAGCAAUAUGAUCAGAAAAAUAUUAGAAGACGCGUAUACGAUGCUCUGAACGUGUUGAUGGCAAUGAAUAUAAUUUCCAAAGAGAAAAAGGAAAUUAGGUGGUUAGGGCUGCCUACUAACUCUUUGCAAGAAUGUGCGGCAUUAGAGAAGGAUAAGAAGAAGAAAAUUGACAGAAUCAAGGCGAAAACACAGCAAUUGCAUCAGCUUAUCCUAUCUCACAUUUCUUUCAAAAAUUUAGUGGAACGUAAUCGUUUGAACGAGAGCCUCCGCGGGCCACCGAAACCCAAUUCUGCCAUUCAGCUGCCAUUCCUCAUUGUGAAUACCAGUAAAAAGACUGUCAUAGAUUGCAGCAUUUCAAAUGACAAAACCGAGUACCUGUUUAAUUUUAAUGAUAAGUUUGAAAUUCAUGACGAUAUCGAAGUUCUGAAACAGAUGGGACUAGCUUUUGGAUUAGAAAAAGGGGAAUGCACUGAAGAGAAUCUACAGAAGGCAAAAUCCAUGGUUCCGAAAUCGCUUGAGAAAUAUGUGGAACAAUUGGCAUCUGGGGACUUGGAGAAGUUUAUUCCAGUGACUAUUCCCGGCCCAAGCACAUCGAUGGAUGACUUAGAUAUCAAAUUGGAAGGUUCUCGACCACCCUCGUCGUUGCAUACUUCAUUAUCGGAAGAUGUUUUAUCGCCACCCUCUCAGUACUUUUCAGAAGAGGAGGAUGAGGAGGAAGAAAGCGAUCAGGACGACCAGGCUGAUAGUGAUCUUGAAGUUAACUAGCACCUCGAAUAAUUUUUCAAAGGCUAGACUCAGGGUUUGUAUAUCUGGAUACUCGCCACUAUCACCAGCGAUGUCAACACGUUAAUAAUAUCGCCGCUAUUGCCAACGUCGUCUACACCCCGGUCGCCAGUUUCCAACACACACGCGAGAACAAGCAAGGAUACGAGAGUUGAUAAAUGUCGGAAAAUAAAAUUCGUUGAAGUAAAUGAGAAUGGUCAAAGACACGUUGAUUGGGGCCAAGGAGGGAGAACACACGUAGCAAUUAAUUGGGCUAAGUGAAUUGGCAAAUCUAAAGUGGCUCUUUUUUCGUAUCAAGUAAACUAGAGUUCGAUGCACUAGCGCGCGAAGUGAUCGAUAAACAAUCGGGUAAACAAAUGCAGCAUGACUGAGAUAAUGGGGUGCUAUAUUUUAAUUGUGCAUCGUCAUAAAAGUUUAUAUGACUAGCGUCUAUGUAUUAUAUAAAUUAUAAUCUUACAGUAUCAAUAUAUAAUUAUGUGUACAAGA